AUGGCUUGGCCGAUGCCCACUGCAGGUCAAUGGGGCUCGGGUAUAGCGAUGACCCCUGAAAUAAAUAUGGCUAACAUGGGUUCGUAUACAGCAGAGCAAUGGGCUGUAAUGCAGCAACAAAAUUGGCAGCAAUGGACGCAGUGGCAACAACAAUAUGCCCAAUGGCAUGGCCAGUAUGGUGACAAGUAUGUGGAGCAGAUGCAAGCUCUCCAAGCUAUGGGGGGAAUGCCUCCUCUACCGACGACAAACGUUGCUCCACCGCCUGCACCGCCGCCACCUGACCAGCCACCCCCGCCUCCCCAUGAGAACAACCAACCACUUUUUGGAAACACCUCCAAGCCUACACCUGUCCCCGCACCAGGAGCCAAUCAACAAAGAAAUAAUAAUUCUGGUAAUAAUGUCAAUAUUAAUGUACAUAAUCAGGCAGGCAGUAAUGCCAAUUGGACACAAGGUACAGAGUCAGCUCAAGCUGGACAAACUACAGUCAAUGCUGAUGCUUUGAAGAAACUAGCUGAAGAAGAGAGACUUUUUGACAUUCAGUUUCAGAAAUGGGAAGAGGAAAUUGAGAAAUGGAAGAAGGAUAAUGUGAAUCACCCUGAUAAACAGGCAUACAAAGAAUAUGAACAAAAGUUUGAAUCAUGUCGAGCACAGCUCAUGGAACGACGUCUACAGAUGAAACAAAAAAGGGCACGACUUAUGGGAACUAAUCCUCCCACUCAGCCAGAACCUCCAACUCCAAGUACUACAGCUGCUAAAGUUGUUGCACCAACAGUGAAUGCUAGUUUAAAUACUACAAAUAUUAAUGCAUUUCCAUCUAAACAAACACAAAACUAUGGAAAUAAUUUACAGAAUUAUGCUAACAACAACAUACAGAGUUAUAGUACUAAUAAUAGUUCACAUAAUUAUAGCAAUAAUUCUCAGAAUUAUCCCAAUAAUCAACAGAAUUAUAACAAUAAUCAACAGAAUUAUGGCAAUAAUCAGCAGCAUUAUGGCAGUCAUCAACAGAGCUAUGGUAGUCAGCAAAUGAAUUAUCCUAACACUCCUCAAAACUAUGGAAAUAAUUCACACAAGUAUGGUAAAAAUGCACAGAAUUAUGGUAAUAAUUUACAGAAUUAUAAUAACUCUUCCCAAAACUACACUGAUAAAAAUGCUCAUUACCAGGAUGACCAAUAUAAAGGACCCAACACUACUAACAAUAUGGGUAAUAGUAAUAAAAAUGUUGACCCACAGGACAGAUUUGAAUCCUAUCAGACUAUGGGAGAGACUGAUUACCAAGCAAAUACUAAUUUUUCCACACCAACACCUACUAGUAGUAGCAGUUUUCUGCCUACUAGUGGAGACAAUAAAGGAAUCCCUGGCUUGGAUUUGGUCCCAGAGACUGAUAAACCACAUGUUAGAAAUACCAAUGAUGAGGUUAUAGAUAUUUCAAAUGAUAAAUCAAACCCAGGAUCAGAUUCAAAAGCUCCUGAUUACACCACCAUUUCCAAGGGAAUUAAUAAUAUCCUAGGUGACGAAAAAAUUAUGAAUAUUCUUUCAAUGGUUCGUGGGCAAACUGCUCAAAGUCCUGCUACCACGGGUCCUCCGAAUGUGAAUCCUCCUAGUGGCCAGUACAACUCCAAUGUUCAAAACAAUGCACCAUACGGUCAUGGCAAUAGAAAUCUUAGUAACCAGAACUACAAUAAUCAACAAUUUGAUGAUAAUAGACAAAAUAUGUCAUACAACCGACCUGGGCAAAAUUAUUUAGGGCACCAUCAGGAUCAUUCUAAUUUCCUGCCUCCUAACAGAAAGCAUGAGGAAAUACUCCAAGAUCAAUAUGAUUAUGAUAAUGAUAGAAAUAUACAAUAUAGUGGGAAUGAAAUUAGGCCUCCAUAUCAAAAUAAUGCGCCCCCUCGGGGUCAUGCACCCAUUCGGCCUAAUAUAUCUGCGCCCAGACCACCAUUACGCCCCUUAAUGUCCAAUUUGCCUGAUCACCCUAUGGGUAAUCAAGGGCUACCCGAGAGGAAGCCUUUACUUGAACAUCCUGUUCCCAAGCCACCUGUUAGACCCCAGUGGUUAGAUGAACCAAUGUUUACACCGUCUCUGAUUGUGGAAUAUGAGCACAAGCCUCUUCGAUUAAAAGCUCGAGAUUUUAUAGAGCCUGUCCACACAUUUCAUUACAAUCAUAAAUCUAAAGAUGGAGAGGUCAGGAAGAAAGAUUUCGAAAAAGAAGUGGAUGAAUUGUUUCAAAAAAAACCUAAGAGAUCAGAUGCCGAAAAUGAUUAUGGCAGGGAAAGAUAUAGCCGUGACCACUAUUCCAGAGAUUUCGAACGAAGAGCACCUAGGUAUGACGUUGAUUUACUAGAUGAGAUUCGGCCUAGGGGUCCACCUAGAACUGAGUAUGAUGAUAGGAGACGAGAUAGAUAUGAUGACAGAAGAAGAGAUGAUCGCGAGGACGACAGAAGGAGAGAUGACCGCGAGGACGAUAGAAGGAGAGAUGACCGCGAAGACGAUAGAAGGAGAGAUGAUCGUGAUAAGUACCUUCGGCGCGAAGAUUCCUUCAGAGACAGGGAUAGAGAAUAUAGAGAUCGUGAUUUGGGUAGAGAAAGCAGAAGAGAAGAAGGUAGAUACCGCAGCCGAAGUCGUGACAGAGAUUCGCGCAAAAGAGGAUUAAGUAAAGAAAGUGACAGUGGAAAGCACUAUUCUAAAAAACCAAGAGAUAAAGAUGAGUCUUUAUCAGGUGCAUCUUCAUCUAAACACAUUGUAAUGAUUGAUGAUUUAUUAGAAUCUCCUGGAAGGUCUAUGAGACCUGACAAAAUUGUUGUUAUUCUAAGAGGUCCCCCUGGAAGUGGCAAAUCAUACCUGGCUAAAUUAAUAAGAGAUAGAGAAGCAGAAUAUGGAGGUACAGUCAGAAUAAUGUCUAUUGAUGAUUACUUUAUGCAAGAAGGAGAAGUCGAAGAGAAGGAUCCAUCCAGUGGAAAAAUUAUUAAGAAACCAACCUUAAAAUAUGAGUAUGAUGCAAGCUAUGAAGAAUCAUAUUUAACUUCUUUGAAGAGGGCUUUCAAAAGAACAUUGACAGAUGGUUUUUUCACAUUUUUAAUCUAUGACGCAGUGAAUGAACAAUUAAGGUGUUAUGCUGAUAUAUGGAACUUUGCACGGCAGAAUGGUUUCCAAGUGUACAUUUGUACGAUGGAACUUGAUGCACAAGUCUGUUAUAAGAGAAAUAUUCACAAUAGGACACUAGAGGAGAUAGAAGCGAUUAGUUCUCGAUUUUUCCCUACCCCGCUACACCAUAUACAAUUGGAUCCUACUACAUUACUACAGAGUGCAGCCAUAACCGAAGUCCAGAUGGAAGACGCUGACGACGACGUUCAAAUUGUAUUGGAGGAUUCACAAGAAACUGAGGUCGAAAGCGUUUUUACAUCCAAGUGGGAGAAAAUGGACGACGCUGCGCAACUAGCUCGUCUCGACGGUACCAGCAAGCCCCUCCGCCCGUCGCAGCUUUCCAUGGAAGACUACUUACAACUAGACGACUGGACACCAAAUAAAGCACAGCCAGGAAAGAAAUCUGUACGAUGGGCGGACAUUGAAGAGCGACGACAACAAGAGAAGAUGCGUGCCAUUGGAUUUGUUGUAGGCCAAACUGACUGGAAUCGUAUGACGGACCCAACAAUGGGUUCCAGCGCGCUCACACAAACAAAAUACAUAGAACGUGUGAGACGCAAUUAG